AUGAAGAAUAAAAAUUACAUAAUCUCGAAGAGCCAUGAGGCGCUGCUGAUACCUUCCACACCUUGCCGUGCCAAGACUAACGUCAUGUUCCUCAAGACCCACAAGACGGCCAGCAGCACUGUCCUGAAUAUCAUGUUCAGGUUUGCAGAGAAAUACAACCUCACUGUCGCCCUCCCAGCUGGCCAGCUCGUCCACCUGGGCUACCCGAAGACCUUCCUGGCCAGCUUUGUGGAAGAAUUUCAAGCCAUAGGACAAAACUACAACAUCAUGUGCAACCACCUGCGGUUUAACUCCCCAGAGGUGCAAAAGGUGAUGGCAGCAAACGCUUUCUACUUCUCCAUCCUGAGGAACCCCAUUCCUCUGCUGGAGUCUUCCUACGUAUACUACAAGGACAGUGCCCCUGCCUUCAGGAUCUCCAAGGACGUGAACGAGUACCUGGCAUCACCCAUGAAGUAUUACCAUCCGGAGGAUUACAAGCAAAACAUCUAUGCCAGGAAUAUCAUGUGGUUUGACUUUGGCUACGAUAACAAUGCACACAACAACAAAAAGUACAUCCAGGCGGUUUUGAAGGAGAUUGAACAGAACUUCCACCUGAUCUUGAUAGCAGACUACUUUGAUGAGUCCAUGAUCCUCUUGAAGCACAUUUUGUGCUGGGAUCUGGAUGACGUGAUUUACUUUAAGCUCAAUUCCAGAAGCCAGGACACUGUCCAGACCUUGACUCUAAAAAGCAAGGAGCAGAUAAAAGCAUGGUGCUCACUGGACUGGAAGCUCUACCUGCACUUCAACCAGAGCUUCUGGAGGAGAAUUGAGGAGACCAUAGGAUUUGAGAAGCUGGAGAAGGAGGUGAAUCACCUGCGAAUGAGACAGAAGGAGCUCAUGGAGACCUGUCUCUCGGACCAGGAGGCAGUGGGGAAGGAUCACAUCAAGAACAAAGCUCUCCUGCCUUUCCAGUCAGGGGCUACAGAUAUCCUUGGGUACAACCUCAAAGAAGACUUAGACAACAGGACUCUGAGAACCUGCCAGAAAAUGGUUAUGCCAGAGCUGCAGUACACAUCCUAUCUUUACGCUGUUCAACACCCACACAAGAAGAGGAAACAGUUAGGCUUACCCUUGCCGUGGACCAGUUUCCAGGAGAAGAUGCAGCUCCCAAUUCCCAACUAG